UUCACAUUCCUUAAAGGCUUUGUGGAGAUUUCUCCUCUCCCUCUCGGCGGCUCUGCAUGACGUCGCAUAUUGUUGAAUCGUGGAAGCUCGGACUCACCUGCAGGAGACAGACCGGAAGCAGGAGAGACGCGUGGAAGUUUUAGCUUUCAAAAGCAGCAGCGAUGCACUUUCAAGUAAAAUACUUGGUGCGUCUGAGUCACUGCGCUCAUGUCCAGCGAAAGAGGACACCCGGGAGGAAACUGUGGACUCUCUGUGCAGCAGCACAACAACAGCAACAACAACAACAACAACAACGAGGAGGAGGCGAAAGUGCAGCAGCGCCGCACGCAUCUGCAAGAAGUAUCAAGAAGUAUUUCGCCGUGCAGCGCUGCAGAAACUAUGCGUCCAACUCCGCGUACGACCGAGCCUUCGCCACAGCCAGGGACGACCCCGAGACAUUCUGGGGUGAGGUGGGACGGGAAAUAAGCUGGUUUGAACCGUGGAGGAAAACUUUGCACGUUGAGGAUCCCGUGUUCCCCAGUUGGUUUGUCGGGGGAAAGCUGAACAUGUGCUACAAUACCGUGGACCGUCACGUAGAAAGCGGCCGCGGUGAGCAGCCUGCUAUCAUUUACGACAGCCCUGUGACCGGGACCAAGCAGAUCAUCACGUUCAGGGAACUUCAGGACCAGGUGUCCAGGCUAGCAGGGGUCUUGGUGAAGAAUGGGGUGCAGAAAGGGGAUCUUGUGGUCAUCUAUAUGCCCAUGGUUCCCCAGGCCAUGUUCACCAUGUUAGCCUGCGCCCGCAUCGGCGCCCCACACAGCCUCAUCUUUGGCGGCUUCGCCUCCAAAGAGCUUUCCGUCCGCAUCAAUCACGCCAAGCCCAAGCUGAUGGUUACAGCCUCAUUUGGCAUCGAGCCAGGCAGGAGGGUAGAGUACAUCCCUCUGGUGAAGAAGGCCUUGGAGCUGAGCUCUUACAAGCCCUCUAAAGUCCUCAUCUACAAUCGGCCUAACAUGGAGAAGGUAUCAUUGGGUCCUGAGUUGAGUCUGGACUGGGAUGAGGAGAUGGCCACCGCUCGGCCACACGACUGCGUUCCUCUGCCUUCCAACCAUCCUCUGUAUGUGCUCUACACAUCUGGGACCACCGGGACGCCAAAGGGCGUCGAGCGAGACACCGCGGGCUACGCUGUGAUGCUGAAAUGGACCAUGUCAAAUAUUUAUGGACUCAGUCCUGGCGAUGUGUGGUGGGCAGCGUCAGACCUGGGCUGGGUUGUCGGCCAUUCCUACAUAUGCUACGCCCCUUUGCUUCAUGGCAACAGCACAAUUCUCUAUGAGGGUAAACCCGUGGGGACUCCAGACGCCGGGGCGUUCUUCCGCGUCCUGUCCGAACACGGGGUCUCCUCCAUGUUCACGGCGCCCACCGCCAUCCGAGCCAUUCGCCAGCAGGAUCCCCAAGCUGCAGCUGGAAAGAAAUAUCCUCUGACCAGGAUGCGGUCGUUGUUCCUGGCAGGCGAGCGAUGCGAUGUGGAGACGCUAGAGUGGGCAAAGGGGACCUUCGGAGUUCCUGUUCUGGAUCACUGGUGGCAGACAGAAACUGGCUCAGCUAUUACCUCCUCCUGCAUCGGUCUGGGAAACUCGCUCACGCCACCUGCAGGCCAGGCUGGGAAACCUGUUCCAGGUUACAAUGUCACAGUGAUCGAUGAUGACAUGCGGGAGGUGAAGCCAAGAACCAUGGGAAACAUCGUGGUGAGGCUGCCUUUACCACCCGGAGCAGCGUUGUCUCUGUGGCAGAGUCGGGAUCUGUUCAAGGAACUCUACUUCACCAAGUUCCCAGGUUACUAUGACACCAUGGACGCAGGCUUUGUGGACGAGGAGGGAUUCCUCUACAUCAUGUCCCGGUCUGAUGAUGUCAUCAACGUGGCCGGCCACAGGCUGUCUGCAGGAGCACUGGAGGAGUCGGUGAUGCAGCAUCCCGGCGUGGGAGACUGCGCCGUGGUGGGUCUGGAGGACACCCUGAAGGGUCACGUCCCCUUGGCCCUGUGCGUGCUCAGGAAAGGGGUGCAGAAAAGCGAGGAGGAGAUCACGGGUGAGGUGGUGAAGCUCGUGAGGAACAACAUCGGGCCGGUGGCCGCCUUCAGGAAAGUGCUUUUCGUCCGGGGUCUCCCGAAGACGCGCUCCGGAAAGAUCCCGCGCUCCUCUUUGGCCAACCUGGUCAACGGGAAACCCUACAAGAUCACUCCGACCAUCGAGGACCCAAACGUGUUCAAAGACAUCGAGAGUCAGAUAAAAAAAACUCUAAGCGGCGGCGGCGGCGGCGCCUGAACGCAUCGUUGGGACGACACAGAAAACAGGUUUGGGGCAGAUUCGGGGGAAACGCGAAGUCGAGUCCAUUUGAUUAGAAGCAAACUGGAAAUGUGAAGUUAGACGCGUCUUAUUUUUAGUAAAACUGAAUGUAGAUUGAAAUGUUUGAUCCAAAUAAGCUGAAUAAUAAUAAUAAUAAUGUACUGUACGCUUUGUACAAACAGUUUUAAUUACAGUAAAAAAUAAUGAAGACAACUAAUUCACUCACUCAGGUUGUUUUUUUUUUUUGUUUUUUUUAUUGACAAUGAAAAUUUGUUUGCUCACCACUGACUUUUUGACCAAAGUACAAGAAGUUAAUAAAUAAAAAAAGAAUGGACACAAAAUAAAAUGGUUCAUUGUCCGUGCAAAUCGAGGAUGUAAAAACAACGUAAAAGACUUGAGGAGGGGAGAGGGGGGCGUAUUUCCGUCGGAAAUAACUAAAAGACAGAUAAACGGGGGGAGGAGGGGGGAGGGGGAAACUCCCGACGGGAACAAAGAGUCAACAGUUACACCAAAAUGUAAGUCACAGCAAGCAACGGGUUCUUUAUCACCUCACUUCAACAUGGUCAUAUACACUCUACACACACUACGAGCUAAAGCAGUCUGUCUUUCAGUUAUUUCGUUUUUUUGUUAAUGUCCAGGAGGAGGGGGGAGAAGGCCAGCUCGGCUGAAAGUGUAGUUGUCGUCCGUUUUUGUGUUGAUGCGUCGCCCGACGAGACAUACAGUACAACAAGUGACAGGUUCUACGGAUGACGUUCUGCUUCUUUCGCUCUCUUUUUUUUUUUUUUUU